CAGCAAGUCCCCUCACAACAACCAAUAGGUUUCCGGGACGUACAACUAGAUCCGGCAGAUAUCCGUGCGCAGCAGAGCCACACCUCCUCAGCCCCAUUCUUCCCUCUGACACAAGCGCGCUCGAAUCCCUCCGCGCCACGCUUGCUCACUCCGGCAGCCCGCCUGAGCUCUGUGACCCGGCACCGCCCGCAUGGAGCUCGUCACCAUCCUCGAAAAGACCGUGUCUCCGGACCGCAAUGAGUUGGAGGCGGCGCAGAAGUUCCUGGAGCAAGCUGCAGUCGAGAAUCUGCCUACGUUUGUGGUGGAACUCUCAAAAGUGCUUGCAAAUCCUGCAAACAGUCAGGUGGCCAGAGUUGCAGCCGGCUUACAGAUAAAGAACUCCCUGACGUCUAAAGAUCCAGAUGUAAAAGCACAGUACCAGCAGCGAUGGCUAGCAAUAGAUGCCCAUGCCCGUGGAGAAAUCAAAACUUAUGUUCUGCGGACACUGGGAACAGAGAGCUACCGGCCAAGUUCAGCAUCACAGUGUGUUGCAGGCAUAGCGUGUGCAGAGAUACCAGUAAAUCAAUGGCCUCAACUAAUACCCCAGCUGGUUGCCAAUGUGACGGACCCCAACAGCACAGAGCACAUGAAAGAAUCGACAUUGGAAGCCAUAGGAUACAUCUGUCAGGACAUAGACCCAGAACAGCUCCAGCACAAGUCGAACGAGAUCUUGACUGCCAUUAUACAGGGCAUGAGAAAGGAGGAGCCGAGCAACAAUGUCAGACUGGCAGCCACCAAUGCUCUGCUUAACUCCUUGGAAUUUACCAAAGAAAACUUUGACAAAGAGUCUGAAAGGCACUAUAUUAUGCAAGUGGUCUGUGAAGCUACUCAGUGUCCUGACACCAGGGUGCGAGUGGCUGCGCUGCAAAACCUGGUGAAGAUUAUGUCCCUUUAUUAUCAGUACAUGGAAACCUACAUGGGUCCUGCACUAUUUGCUAUCACUGUAGAGGCAAUGAAGAACGAGAUAGAUGAAGUUGCCCUGCAAGGUAUUGAGUUUUGGUCCAAUGUCUGUGAUGAAGAAAUGGACCUGGCUAUUGAGGCAUCAGAGGCAGCUGAACAAGGGAGACCUCCAGAGCACACAAGCAAGUUCUAUGCUAAAGGGGCUUUGCAGUACUUGGUUCCUAUUUUGACACAGACACUCACAAAACAGGAUGAAAAUGAUGAUGACGAUGACUGGAACCCUUGUAAGGCUGCUGGAGUGUGUCUUAUGCUUUUAGCAACCUGCUGUGAGGAUGACAUUGUCCCUCACGUGCUGCCAUUUAUCAAGGAGCACAUUAAAAAUCCAGACUGGCGUUACAGAGAUGCAGCAGUCAUGGCGUUUGGCUGCAUUCUGGAAGGGCCAGAGUCAUGUCAGCUGAAGCCUCUUGUUAUUCAGGCAAUGCCUACACUGAUUGAGCUAAUGAAGGACCCCAGUGUAGUUGUGAGAGACACUACGGCCUGGACAGUGGGGCGAAUAUGUGAGCUGUUACCUGAAGCAGCCAUCAAUGAUGUAUAUUUGGCACCUCUUCUUCAGUGCCUCAUUGAAGGUCUUGGAGCAGAACCUAGGGUGGCAUCAAAUGUCUGCUGGGCUUUCUCCAGUUUAGCUGAGGCUGCUUAUGAAGCCGCUGAUGUAACUGAUGACCAGGAGGAGCCAUCUUCAUACUGCCUGUCCUCUUCGUUUGAAGUGAUUGUACAGAAACUGCUUGAGACGACAGACAGGCCUGAUGGACAUCAAAACAACCUGCGAAGUGCUGCCUAUGAAGCUCUAAUGGAGAUAGUUAAGAACAGUGCCAAGGACUGCUACCCCGCAGUACAGAAAACCACCCUAGUAAUAAUGGAGAGGCUACAGCAAGUACUUCAGAUGGAGUCCCACAUACAGAGCACUUCGGAUAGAAUCCAGUUCAAUGACUUGCAGUCCCUGCUAUGUGCUACCCUUCAGAAUGUGCUGAGGAAGGUGCAACACCAGGAUGCCCUACAGAUAUCUGAUGUUGUGAUGGCCUCAUUGCUCCGCAUGUUCCAGAGCACUGCAGGUUCUGGGGGAGUACAGGAAGAUGCCCUCAUGGCAGUCAGCACCCUAGUGGAAGUGCUUGGAGCAGAAUUCCUCAAGUACAUGGAAGCAUUUAAACCAUUCCUUGGCAUUGGACUUAAAAAUUAUGCAGAGUAUCAGGUGUGUCUAGCUGCAGUAGGACUUGUUGGUGACCUGUGCCGUGCUCUACAAUCCAAUAUCUUGCCAUUCUGUGACGAAAUGAUGCAGCUUCUGCUAGAGAACUUAGGGAAUGAAAAUGUUCACCGCUCAGUGAAGCCUCAGAUCCUUUCUGUAUUUGGAGACGUUGCCCUGGCCAUUGGAGGGGAGUUCAAAAAAUACCUAGAUGUUGUGCUUAAUACACUGCAGCAAGCAUCACAAGCUCAGGUAGACAAGUCAGAUUACGAUAUGGUGGAUUAUCUAAAUGAGCUUCGAGAGGGCUGCUUAGAAGCAUAUACAGGAAUAAUCCAGGGGCUCAAGGGAGACCAAGAAAAUGUCCACCCCGAUGUGAUGUUGGUGCAGCCCCGUGUAGAAUUUAUCCUGUCAUUUAUCGAUCACAUCGCGGGUGACGAGGAUCAUACAGAUAGUGUGGUGGCCUGUGGAGCUGGUCUUAUAGGAGACUUGUGCACAGCCUUUGGAAAGGAUGUCCUGAAGUUGGUAGAGGCUCGACCUUUGAUCCAUGAGCUGCUGACAGAAGGGAGGAGAUCCAAGACAAACAAGACAAAAACACUUGCUACCUGGGCGACCAAGGAACUGAGGAAGCUGAAAAACCAAGCCUGACCUCACUGGCUGUGUGAAGCCCGAAAUCCCACUGGAAAUCUCCAAUCUAUUUGAAAACAAAAUUAUAUCCCGGAAGUGAGGAGUAUGAGCGGAUACUUGAAUGUUUGGGAAUGAGAGGAUGAGUGAGUGAGGCUUCAAACAUACCGCAUGGAUGAUGCAACCACAGCAGUGCUGUGAGACGAGCAGACUUCCUGGGAGAGAGAGGGAGAGCCAUAACAUUGUCUGCCCCCUCAAGAGGAGCGAGCACAGUGGACCUCCACUUACUGGUGUCUGCUUUCACUGCCUUGUGGCUGGGGCAGAACAGGAGUGACUAGUAUAACCUUUUUUGUUAAUUUCCUUAACAUCUGCCCCUUUACCUACUUUCCACUUUUUUUUCUUUUUUUUUUUUUUUUUUUUUUUUUGUUAACCAACUUAAGAAUGUGGGUGCCCCUUGUCACUUGUGCACACCCAGAGACCAGGGGGCCCCAAGCGGAAGGAUUCUCAGAGUGAGUGUGUAUGAGUGCGGAGGUACAGCAGUGUCUACACAACAGCUUCAUUUGCAGUCUAUUCUGAUCCUGAGAAGGAGUUUAUUGCUCUCGGUGUUUCUGGGCUGAUGUAGAGGAGUAAAACUAUACUGUCACCAGAUGCAUGGAGCAAGGAUCCUAGGUUACAAAAUAAGGUCUUCUCUAGUGUAGCUCUUUGCGGUUUUCCUGCCAUGGGCCACUGUUAUUUAAUGAGGGAUUCAGGAACCCAUGGCAGGGAAGUUCAUCAAGAAAACUGAUAUGGAUGUCCUAUAGUAAAGAAGUAAGCAAGCUGCCUUUGGCAUUUACUUCCUUUUGUCUGUUAACUGCAAAAGGAUUAGGAAGAAGUUGACUAUCUUAAUUUAAAAAAAAAUGGCCUAUAAUUGUAUUGGAGAGGGCCCCUUUACCCCUUUUACAAAAGUUUUUAAACAGUUGCUAAAUUUAAAGGGUCUAAUUUGCAUAUGAGGGGACGAAUAGCAUCUUUUUUUGCCUCAUAUGCUGUUGGAAAAUGGCAGCCCUGUCCCUUUAAUGUGCCAAAGAAUCAAAAUCCUUAAGUCUGGAAUGUGAAUUACAUUUUCUGCACUGACGGGGCCUUGCGGAGCAUUACUCUGCAGGUGGUGUGUAUCUUGCUAUGCAGUUUGCAACAGUGGCCUCCUCUAAGCUGUAAAAUGGUUACACCAACAAUUAAAACAAACACAACAGUAACUCUAUGCCAGAGCUACGCUGACUUUUAUUUCACUGACUAAUGUGAUAUUUCGAUCUCCUACUGCACUUAAACUUAAAGAAAAAAAAAAAAUAAUAAAAAUUGCAAAAAAAAAAUAAUAAAAUAGUUUAAAGAAAGAAAGUUUCUAAGUAUAUUCUAGAUAUCGACUGGAUGCGCGUUGGACCAUGGCACUUGUACAAGGUUCUAUUUUUUCACUGCAGUUAAAGAUAAAUAAAAUGGUGUCAAACAUCCCCGGCCCUCCAUCUUGUGUUCUUCGUGUUCUUAGGUAUCUGCGAUUACCCCCAAAAAUAUAUAUUUUCUUUUUUUUCUUAACAUUGACGACUCUUGUUCUUAGAGAAAGUGGCUAGCUGCAGCUGAAAUGUUCACAUCCCUCUCGUACAGGCCUUGCACGAGUUUGUGUGGGUGGGAUAUUGGUGUAACUUUGUGAUGUAAGUGGAUGGACGCUUUGGAUGGGGGAUCAGGCAAUGGAGCUGCCGGCCUGUGCUUUUCUCGGUCGAUACUGAAUUGGAUUGUGGCUUGGCUGAUCAGAAAAAUCAGAUGUUUUGGGUAGUCCUAAAGUUGGCAGAGUAUGUGUGUGUUUGGAAUUUGGAAAAGUAGGUUUGCAUGGUAUCUGCUGGGAAGGAAAUUAAGAUGUUGCAGAUUCAAACCAUGGGCUCUUCUGUAUAAAUAGUGCCUUGGUCUUGGGUGAGAGGUUUUGUGCUUACUGGAGGGUUCCUAACACUGGGUUCAAUAAUAUGGCACUGCAUGAAGAAACUGGGCCCCUUUCUGCUCUAUGGCUCUACUCCCAGGGAUAGAGACUUGCAGUUUCCAUUGUUAAAUAUGUGAGAGUACCGAGCUGUGUCCUACAAGUCACCGUAGCAUCGACAACUCCAAACUACAGCUUCUUUCAAUUAAAAAUAAGCAAUAUACCAGAGUUUAUCAACUGCAACAUCAUUUGGGCAGCAUUGAUGUUUGAGCCAGCUGAUUGAGUUUAGAUAGUAAUAAGCCUGCCUAUUUCAAGUGACCUGGUCAGAGCCGUUCAUCAAAGUUGGCCAGUAACCUAUGUUGCCUGGCAAUCUGGUGUGCUUCCACUGAGCUUGUUCCAUGUGUAGCCUGCAAGGAGAAUAAACAGUGACACGGUGAUGCAAA